AUGCUCAAAAUUGGAGCAAAACAUUCUCCAACUCGUGAAAUCAGCAAUGUCAAACUGUCGACGUCGACAAUGGGCGAGCUUGAAGCGACGGAAAAGGAUUUGGAAUUCUUCUCCGCUUCUGCGCGCGCCGGCCGCCGAAAUGCUCUUCCGCAGCUGGAGAUUGAAAUCAGCGAUCCCGACGGCGCUAAGCUAGCCGAGCGCCUUUCAGACAUGAGCGCCAACUGUGAGACCGAGCAGCAGAAGACCAACACCCCAGGACCAUCGCCUCAACAGCCAGCUAACUCUUAA